CACACACCUAAUUUACCCUCCGCCCACCCGCGCGUUCUUAGGUUCAUUCAAGGCGGGCCGAGGUUUGUGAUGUCACGCGAGUGCUUCCGGGUCGCGAGCGGGUUUUCUUCCUGGAAAGUGUCCCUUCAGUUUCCAGUGGAGCUGGAGCUGCGGUGAGGGGACGGGGAGACCGGAGAGCGGGAGGGCGGGAGGUGUCGGCGUCUGCUUUCCGGCUGCCCCUCCUGAGGUGGGAGCCCGGGGAGGCCUGGCGGGCGGUGGCGGGGCUCCAGCCGAGGACUUGGGCUGCCUCCUGGACGUCGCUUCGGCAAAAGCCGCGCGCGGUUUCCCAGGGAACUGGAGGCUUCCUAAGGUUACUCGUGAGGAGGGAGAAUUUUUCUUCCCUUAUGGGGCUCAAGGGGCGGGGGAAAGGCCGCCCUGCGAAACUGGCAGGCGAUUCAAGACGAGUAACCAGCCCGGAUCCAGCCAAUUACCUGGGUCACGUUCGUUAGUUCCAUUGAAACGUAUGGGCAUAGCUGCCAACUUUUCCCUUUUCUUGCGAGGAAUCCUAUUCGGAAUAAGGGAUUUUCCAAGAAAUCCCAACUUUAAUGGAGUGGCAGACAAAAAUGUUUGAAUACAUAGAAUUGGCGAAAUUGAUUUUAUAAGAUUCGGAGCCAAAAAGAAGCAAAGUUCGGAAAGGAUUGGAGUAAAUUUGUUGAAUGUAUACGGAGUAAUUGUAAGAAUUUAAAAACUGUAGCAGGGUUAAUGUAAAUCUUGUGAUGUGAAUGGAGUGUAAAUAAGAAAAGAUUUGAGACAUGAAAACCGUUGAAGGGAUGGAAGGAAGUCCGGGCGCAAUAAGGCGCAGGGUAAAUAAGAAGACAUACAAAUUUUUGAAUGUAAGAGUAUUUAUUUUAUUGGUUGUUGUUACAAAAAAAGCAAUAAAAAGUAUGGGGGGGGGACGGAAUAAGGGAUUUUCCCUUUAAAAAAGGGAAACGUUGACAGCUAUGCAUAUGGGGCUUGGGAGUCUCUCUUCGCUUCAUUUUGCCUUCGGUGGGAUCGGAAGUGCGGCUGGCGUGGCCUGGAUCCAGCCUGAUUUGUAUGAAAUUGCGAGGAGAGAUGUGCUUUCAGAGAAGGUGGCGGUGGGCACGCCAUACAUCUAGUGCCAGAUUUACAUACAAGCUAAACAAGCUAUAGCUUAGGGCCCCACUCUCUUGGGGGCCCCAAAAAAAUUAAAGGGGGAAAAACCUGCAUGUACAUUUCCAAAAUAGAAGAUAAAAAACAAAUAAAAUAAAACCUACAUACAGCAACAGUGUUUUGUGUUAUGUAUGGACCUAUUAGGUCCAUAAAUUACCAUAUAGCAUAUAUUCAACACACAAAAACAGUGACAAUUUGUUGUUGACAAAGGACAGCUGGACAUAUAAAGGGCCCCAUUACCUUCAGUAGCUUAGGGCCUCAUCAAUCCUAAAUCCAGCCCUGGUCUGGAUCUAACCUGAUGUGUACGAAAUUGGGAGGAGUCAUGUGCAUUCAAAGAAAGUGGCGGUCUAAAGCAGCAACACCUACCCACCCCAAGAAAAAGAAUAUCAGGGGCUGUAGUUUUUUACCCCUCAGAGAGCUACAGUUCCCAGAUUCUUUAAGGUGCAAGUGCUUUAGAUAUAUGCAGCUAGUCAGAUUAAUGGGCUGGAAAACACCUGUCAUUCACUGUGAGUUAUGGUGGGUAUAUGGCACCUAAAUGCUUGGUGGAAGCAUAGCUCUGUUUGACUCCUGGAUUCUGGGAUUCAGUGUGGGAGGGUUGCUGCCUGCAUGCCCUUGCUUAUGGGCUUCUAGGAAAUGCCUGGUUGGCUACUAUGAAAAACAGGAUAAUGGACUAGAUGUACCUUUGGUUUCUUCCAGCAGGGCUUGUCUUGUGUUUUUAUGACGGACUGUUGUAACAUGCAGUUGUAAUUCUGCCUUUGUCCUCACCUGUCUUUCCCCCUGUCAGCUCAUAACCUUAGGUUUGACAAGUUUUAACACUUCACAUUAUCAAGGAAUAGUUACAGCUUUGGUCCCCAGAACAAUAACAAUAGAUUUGCCUAUAAAUUUUGGCAUGAUACUAAUAGUUGGAUACUGCUCUUAAAUAGCACAUGCUUUCCCUUUCUCUCUUGCAUCAGGGAUGUUUGGUUUAAUGUGUUGUCCGAACCCAGGCUCAUAUUUUGUCUCACUCCAGAUGAACCAUGAGAAGAAUAUGUUGUGCUACGCUCAGGUCUUUCUUGUGGGCUUCCCAUAGGCAUCUGGUCGGUUACUGUGAAAACAGGACUAGAUGGCCUCAUCCAGCAGGCUCUUCUUGUGUUCUUACGAAUUGUAAACCAAGAACAAGAUUACAGCUCAUCCUUUGUCUGAAUGAGACAAACUAUGAGCUUAGGUUCCUAUAACACUCUUGAGGAAGAGACUUGAGGCCACAGUCUCCUCUCCAAGAGUUCACAUGCUCAUGUGUUUGCAUUAAGCAGUAGUUUGGCUUACCAUUCGUGCAAACUUAGUUCUGCAUCGCUUUCAGAAUAUUGCAGCUCUUAGUGGAAAAGCACCCUUCCCCUUGAAGCUGAAAUGAAAUCUUAUAUGCAAAUUUAAGUGGUAGGUGAUAUCUAACAGUAUCUUGUCAUAAGCAAUGGGGUAGGUGGAGCAAUUCCUGUACAAACAUUGCUCUAAAUCAGAGCUGACUAAAGAAUCUUUCAAGAGUGAUUCUUAAGCCCAAAUAGAACCAAUAAAUGGGUGUUUUAUUUUGGAAUUCUUAAGACUUAUAUGGAAGACUAGGUAGACGCUUCCGACCACUUUUCCUAGAUGCUGUUUGUUCAUAGUAUUGUGUUGUUGUUUUUUAUCUUCCUUGCAGAUUUUCCCACUAACCAAUGUCAGGAAAUGGUGAUGGCACCAUUCCAAGUCCCUCUGUGGGAUCUCUGUCAGAGAUUGAGGUCCUGCCAGAUCAGCCAAAGUAUGUGUGCUCAUUGUCCGCUGAGCUUGUCGCCAAGGCACGUGAAGAGCUGCAGGAAAAACCCGAGUGGCGGCUUCGAGAUGUUCAAGCCCUCAGAGACAUGGUGUGCAAAGACUAUCCUAACCUGGGAACAUGUUUAGAUGACGCUUUCUUGCUCAGGUUCCUUAGAGCCCGGAAGUUUGAUUAUGAUCGGGCACUUCAGCUCCUUGUGAACUAUCACUGCUGUAGGAGGAGUUGGCCUGAGGUUUUUACUAACCUGAAACCGUCUGCUAUAAAGCCUGCCUUAGAGUCUGGUUUUGUCACUGUGCUUUCUCACUUAGAUACUGAAGGACGCCAUGUUGUUUGCAUUCGCCCAGGUAUUUUUUUUAAUACUUCUCCCUCCUGCCUUUGGUUAACUGUUUAGGAUUGCUUCUUGUGACUUGCUACCAAAUUCGUAUUUUUAAGAAAGAUACAAAUAUUUCAUUUAAUGCUUAUGCUUUCUUUCCCCUAUUACUAAUAUUACUGCAUAAUCCAGUGAAAUGCAGUUAAUGACUUGAGAACUGUAUCAUUAAUUCACGUACUUCAGGGAGUUCAGUUUUCAGAACACAUUUUUUUAUCUGUAAUUUCUGUAUGAGGAGAUGGGAUGUUGUUGUUGUUAUUUCUUGUACUUAUAUAAUUUCUAGAGGACUAAAAUCCUACAUUUCCUUUUGUUCCUUCCUGGCUUUCCAUAAAUAUUUACUUUUUCUUCUUGUUACACCAGUCUUUUAAAGUAACACUUUAAAUUGUUACUUAAAUCUGAAUUGUACAUAGGAGACAGAAUAUGUUUUCAAUGCUAAUAUAGUAUGUUGUAACAUAAUAUAUGAGCUAACAAAAACAAACAUCCUCAGUACAUACAUAUAGUAUUUUCAGGCAUAUAUUAUCAUUGAGGAAAUCACCAAAAAUAUUUCAAAUUACAGUUGUGAGCUAAAACACUGGUGCAGACAUAUCUUUGAAAGAAACUCGAUUUUGAGUAGGCCUGCCUUAAACAGACCAUAAAGGAGUAUGAUAUUUUUGAUCUCUAAUGGAAUGGUUUGGACAGUGUACUGCUGAAGAAAGUAGCUGGGAUUUAUUUGUCCCUGAUUGGUUAAUCUACUGCUGUUAUGUUUUGGGUCCAAUUCAUUGACAUAGGAGAAAAGAUGUGGUGACAACAGUUUUAUGGAUCGAGGCUGACAAUUUGGCCUCUUAGUAAUUUAAACCUCCAGUCAUCUUGUCCUAACCUUUGGCCAACACCAUGCAUGGUGACAGCCCAGAGAGAGAAAACCAGGCAAGCAAUUUUAGAACUCCCUGCCUGUUGAGAUCAAGCAGGCACCUUCACUGUGCUCUUUUGGGUACCUACAAAAAACAUUCUUGUUUAGAUAAACCUAGUCGAAAUAAUUUUAAUCUGUUUAAGUAUUUUAACUUUUGUGUGUUUUAAAUUAUAGUUGUGAAUUGUUCUUGAUUUUAUUGUUUUAUCUUUUUGUAAGCUGUUUUGAGGUUUUUUUGUUUUUUUACACACAAGCUGUGUAUAAACUUUAUGCAAAAGACAAAUGAUAUAAAUAAUAAAAUGUCUUACCCCCUUGCCCCAUGGCUCAAACUCACUUUUCUCCUUUAAUAUUGAGAGGGAUAUAAGUAGAUAUCCACAAAAGUCAGCAGUGGGCAUGUAGAUAUUAAGUUUGUCUUAUUACUCGCUCUAGUAUCUCUAGUCACUCAGUAUUACAUUUUUAUUUUAAAAUUGUUUGCAUGGAAUUUGAGAAAUCAAAAAAUACCAUUAAUGGUAAUGGGGUGGGUGGGAGAGAGAUGAAAUCAUGAGGAUACACAAACAUAAAUAUUUUAACACAUGGUGUUUUGAAACACAUUUCUUUAAGAGAGGCACUUAAAAAAGUGCACAUUUUUGUUCUUGAGGCUGCUGUAUAACCUACUGAAUAAUCAAAAACUGUAUUUUGAAAUAGGUUGGAGCAUUAAAAUCUUUAUUGUUAUACAUCCUUGAUAUUUUGUUCUACCCAUACUGUUCUUCCUUUUCCCAUACUGAAUAAUACAUCAUUUUCCCCCAAGGAAAAUGAACAUCACCUGUCCUUAAAUAUACGCCCUGUUUUGCUCCAGAAGUCCAAGCACAAAGCAUACAAAAAGAUCAGCUUCUUGAAGCAUCUGCGGGUUUUAUUUAAUGAAGAACUAAUGUGAAUUAGUACAGAGACUGUUAAAGGAUGACUAACCAUUAUAAGACAAAUAGAAAAUUCAAUUUUGAAAUGUACUGUUGGUUUAUUCAGCUUUGCAACUUAUCAUCUCUGUCUUAUGACCGUAGACAGAUGGAUCCCAAGUAACUACCCAAUUACUGAAAAUAUUCGUGCCAUAUACUUAACAUUAGAAAAACUCAUUCAGUCUGAAGAGACCCAGGUGAAUGGAAUUGUUAUCCUUGCAGACUACAAAGGAGUCAGCUUGUCUAAGGCAUCUCAUUUUGGUCCCUUUAUAGGCAAAAAAGUGAUUGGAAUUCUUCAGGUAAGAUCUGAAUUUAUAAAGGGGAAAAAUAAUUAUAUAACCAACAAAUAUUAAAAGCCAUUUCACUUGACACAGCUGCUUAUGGAAUUGGGUGGGUUUCAACAAAGGAGUGGAAUAUUUUUGUGAGCAUAGUUUAUCUUUGAAACAGUCUUCAUUUUCAAUUGAAAGAAACCUGGAUUUUAAUUAUAAGAGAUCCUUAUGAAGGUUUGUGUAAUUGGUAUCUUCUCUUAAAAUAUUAUAUUUCACCUUGGAUAAGACGUGUGUGUACUUUAAAGUGUUACCUUGUGGUGGGAAGAAUGAACAGCACACAUUUGUUCUAUAAUCUUCACAAACAUAUAUAAAAAUAAAAAAAAUUGAAUCUUCACAAAUGUGCCUGCUGCCUACAGAUCUUUUGUAAGGAGCUAUUUUUGUUCCAUUGUGAGUUCAUACAUCAGUAAAUUAAAUGUGUGUUUUUGAAAACUGGUAAAAGCUAUUCAUAAAGUAACCAGUAUUUAUAAACCUGACUGGUAUUGUGUUGUUGUUUUUUUAGGAUGGCUUUCCUAUUAGAAUAAAAGCUGUCAAUAUUAUAAAUGAACCUCGAAUAUUCAAGGGCAUUUUUGCCAUCAUCAAACCCUUUCUGAAAGAGAAAAUAGCAAAUCGGGUAAGUGGCUAUUUUUAUUUAUUCAUUCAUUUAAAGCAUUUUAAUCUUGCUUGUCAGCUGAAAAUGCUGCCAGAGCAGCUUACAUAACAUCAGUAAACACAAGACAACCCUUGCCCCAAAGGCUUACAGUCCAAAAGACGCAACGAAAGUGGCUAAUGUUGCAGACAGGCUGUUGUUCAUUCAUAGAGGUCAGACUAGCAAGUUGCAUAUAUCUGUAGUGUAAUUGUGACCGAUGAAAUUCUACUUGGCAUAGCUGGAAGGGGCCUCCUCUUAUCUUCUCUCAUCUUGCACAGCUUACAAUGGCAGAGGAGUAGUGGCUGUUGCAACCAGGUGGGUAAAGGUAAAGGUACCCCUGACUGUUAGGUCCAGUCGUGGACGACUCGGGGGUUACGCGCUCAUCUUGCUCUAUAGGCUGAGGGAACCGGCGUUUAUCCACAGACAGCUUCCAGGUCAUGUGGCCAGCAUGACUAAGCCACUUCUGGCAAAACAGAGCAGCCCACGGAAACAAAAUUUACCUUCUCACCGGAGCAGUACCUAUUUAUCUACUUGCACUUUGAUGGGCUUUCGAACUGCUAGGUGGGCAGGAACAGGGACCAAACAACGGGAGCUCAAUGUGGUAAAUUUGUUUCCUGCCAUUCACCAGCAGGCCCCAGGGUGGGUCACAAUUUAAUAUUAGGAUCAGCCUGGUCUCUUGUUGCCACAGUUGUUUGGAUACACAAUGUGAAUUAUACUUGAAUUUCUUGAAAUCGAGGUAUCACAUUAUUAUUUCAAGAAUACUAUAUCAGAGUGUUACAUUAUUAUUUCAAGAAUACUGAACCCGUGUUGUUGAAACUUCUGGGUUUUUCUUUUUCAGUUUUUUCUUCAUGGGUCAGACUUGAGCUCUCUUCACCACAACCUUCCCCCAUGGAUCCUACCUGAAGAAUAUGGGGGCACUGCGGGGAAACUGGAUAUCUCUGCCUGGAAUGAGCUGCUGCUGGCCUCAGAGGAUGACUUCCUGUAUGAUGCUUCUCUUCUGGCUCCCUCCAAUGACUCUUCUCCUCUUGACCCACUAUUGACUGGGGAGAUUGAUGAGAAGCAAUGUGAUGACUCUUUGCGAAGCUUGAAAACGCAACUCUAUUCCUGCUAUUAACAUAGCAGUUAAAGCUUCCAAAAGGUCACCUUCCUGUUUACAAAGGGAUUAUGAACUCUGCCUUGUUCUUAGGUAGACUGUAGCCUAGGGGUAAAGACAGCUGAGGGAGGCACUUUACAUUGGAACCAAAGCAAAUUAAAAAGGGGAAGCCAUGGAGAAAGGUGAAGUUCUACCGCAAUCCAGGAGAAGGGUGCAGUUUGGAGGCACUGUAAACGUUGCGGUUUCUUGACCCUUUGCAAACAGCAGCAUCUCCUAAGAUUAAAUGUGUCACAUGACUUAAGGAACGUUGCAAACGCCAAGGUUUUAAGCACAGUUAUUUGGAAGUAAGUUGCUCUGAAAUGAAUGAGACCUGCUUCCAAAUGAGCAAGUUUAGGGUCAAAGUGCUAGACUUUCUCAGGCUGAAAAGAGCUAAAAUGGCCAACAGUUUUGACAAAGCGGAAGUGUCAUAAUGCAUUAUACAGUACUGACUUUCCCUAGAGAAGUAAGAAAUAAUAUUGGUUGUGUGAUAUAAUGGUAGCUGUUUUACGGCAGGCUAGUUUCUAGGAGUAAAUGUUGGGCUGCCAUUCUGAUACACUUUGGUUUGACAUGCUCUGAUUAUCGCUAUCAUUAUUCAGUUAUUUCCACAUAUAAGCAUAUUCUCUUCUCUUGUAGGGAGUGUGUUGCCACUGAGAUGCAAACCUUAGACUUGAAUCUUGCAGACAAGGUUUGCAAAUGCAGUGGGUAUCAUUAAAACCACUGAAAUCAAUGAAAGCACAUGUUCACUCUGCCUAAUAGAGCAUUAAAGAAUCUGUACACCGUUUUUAUGCCCAUACUUGAAUUUGUACCAGGACCAACUGAAAGGGACAGGUAAUUCUGCUUAUUAGCUUAGCUGCCAGUUAAUACCCUGCCUUAGUUAUAGAAUUCUAUUACCAUAGGUCUUGGGGGUGUAAUUCGGAAACUGUCAUAGUUGUAGAUGUCUGUCCAGCAAAACAAGGAUGCUAGUUUAGACGUGUUUAUUUCUGAGUCUCUGUAAACCAAAUGGACAGGGUAUUUUACAAGCACAAUUUCUGUUUUGUAAAUGUAACUAUUUUCCGUUCAGUGUGUGUGUGGAGGGGGGGGAUGUUAUCAGUUGGACCUCAGUGCUAAAUUGGCUUCCUUUUACAAAGGUCACUUUCCGCCGUCCUUCAUGGUUGUCCUUGUUAAUGUGCAUUAGUGCUUUAUGUCUUCCUUUUAUUUGUGGCUUAUCUCAUGUGUGUUUGGUCUUAGCUAUGUACGCAACUUCCUCUUCUUUCAUAGUCUUGAGUUGUAGAUUAACUUAGAUAUUUGUGACAUCCAGCACUUCAGCCUGAAACCUUUGUGGAGAUUGAAUUGACUGCUGUUUCAUGUUUAGAGGGAGACAGGUCAACACUUAUUACCACCUCAUCUUUUAGCACUUUCAACUAGAUGGUUGGAGCUAUUUGCGGAGGCUUUUACUUAGUGCCAACUACAGACCAGAAACUGGUGCUGAUUGUAAAUAUAAGGUUUUCAGCUGGUGGACUUUUUGUAUUGUCAGUGCCAAACUUGUAUUUCCCCUCACAUUUAAAAAAAAAAAAAAAAGCAUAACCAUCUGCCUCUGUAUUGCCAAAAGAUGAAGCAAUUUUGUGUGCUUGAACUAGAGGCCCCAUUGAUUAUACUAUGUGGUAUGUUAUCAAAAUAGGCCAUCAUAGGCAUUUGAAACAGGUUUUAUUAUUAUUACUCAAAGCUUUUUACAAGUGUUCUGAAAUGGAUAUACUAGGUGUAAAUAUUUCUUCUGGCAGUCACAGGUAGCUCCUGUGCAUGUAAGAAGUGUGAAAACACGUGAUACUGAAUGAUGAAGUUCAUUAUUGUGCAGAAAAAGAUCUAAACUCAUCUUUUAAUUUAAACUGUCCCUCUAAGUUUGGGGCAAAUUAAACAGCUAGUAUAGUGUUACAGAAAGUUCAGGUAUUAUGUUUAUACUAAUACACUAAUUUUUCAAGUAGAGAUAUUAGCAGCUAAUAUAUCUAAUGUAUCCUCAACCAUUAUUUAAGAAAUUAUUUGGUCGUAUUGAAACAGUACCAGGCCUUAAGAAAGAGACAUUGGUAACCUACCACAACUGUCAAAUUGCCUUUAAGUCUAACAGAAAAUGAAAGAUACUUGAAUUUAUACAGUGGGCUUGACAGGCACUAUUAAAAUUUUUGAGGUUUUUUCCAGAAUAGUAGUUGAGGUGCUUUGUUUCUACUGUUCCGUCAGUCAGUUUUGGCAUUUUGCUAAGUAAAUUGUUUCAGUAUUUGUUUUGCCUUUUGCUGUAUGUAGAAGUCAGGUGUUUGGUUACAGUAUACACCUGUGAGAAUUUAUUUUUAUAUUGCAUUUUAUAAAAGGAAUAGUUUAAUUGUAACUUUAUGCAUGAGUUGAUAUUAAACCAUCUACCUUAAGACAAUAUUUCAUUAUUUUCAUCAUUAUUUCAAGACAGUAUUUGCUUCCUUGUUAAGUCCAUUUUAAAUUCCAAGUGUAUCAGUAACUCAAUGGGAUUUGACUACCUUCUAAAGCCAUCAAGGUAUGUGAAGUGGGGGGGGGGGGGGGUUGGAUUAAUUUUUUAAAAAGCAGCUCAGAGAGAGAACAACUGAUCUUCCAUUCUGUGGUGCUCAUUACCCCAAUUUCCAGACAUGAAUUGAUUUCUCUGAACUGUGGUUUGAAAAGAUAUACAGGAUUUUUCAUACCUCUGCCCAAAAUAAAGAGACACUGAACAGGUAAUUUUAAUCAAACGUGUUUAUAGUGCAAAUGCCAAGAUUGACAAAACAAUGCACUGGCUUUUACUCACAUCGCAAAUAUUAGACAAAAAAGCACUUCAAAUUAUUUUAAUAUAAUUUAAUUAAAGCAUAGUAGAUACUUCAUUUGGAAUUAACUGACAAAUACUAAAGUUCAGUAGAACUUUUCUAUAAAAUUGGUCUUCUACAGUGAUCCAAAAAUUGCUCAUUUGAACUUCCCAUACUACAUAGCAUGCUGCUCCAUUGAGAAAAACAGAUUCUGUAUGUUAAAACACCAUUAAACAUGUUUUCUUGAAGUGGAAUGUACACCUGCAGUAUGGCUUUCACUUCCAUAUACUGAAGCAUUAGAAUAACUUUAAAAUAUAUUACUUUAAGCUCAAGCCAUUUUUCUUUCAACUCGGUUGUUUAUACUACUGGCUUUUUUACGGUAUCAAACAGCACAGCUGUAGUAGACUAAUGGUAAAGCUAGCUUUCAUUUAAACAUAUCAAAAUGUACAGAGCUUAGAUUUUUGCAUCAAGCAUUAUACAAGUUAGCAGCUUUCUAUUCAUUUGUAUAUGUUGCAGGAGAGAUGGCUGGAGCCUUGGCUCCAAGAAGCGAUACAGACCAUUUGGCUUUCAGCAGAGAGGAACUUCAUGUUUCUAUGCUUUCAGAGAAAUUAUCGUUUAA